AUGAGACGAGAUUUGACUCCAAAUAUACCCAGUAUAAACUUUACCAGCUCAGAAAGAGACGAGCUGGUUAGUUUUAAUGACGUUGACCAAGACCAAGACCAAGGCUAUGCCGUUUCAAACCCCUUUGACGAUCAACCUGAUACCAUAAGUGAAAGCUCAAGAGGCGGCCAAUUAAGUAACCAAAGCUCAGACAUCCUGCACCCUCACCACCCUCACCACCACCAACCCCAUUUGCAACGAUUCAAUUAUCCACCUUCCUACGACUCACAAUCGGUCAACUCUGUAAAUUCCCCAACAACAAACACUCAAAGCCCUCCUUCUCCUCACCAUUACAACCACAACCACAACCACAACCAGUUUGAAACAAAUGCAUCUUCAUCUCCUCAAACUUCAAAAAUACGCACCUCUCUAUUCAUAAAUAGUUCACAACUGAUGCCUUCAACUUCGUCAAUGUCUCCAUAUGAUGACCGGUAUCCAAAACAAGCAAUAUUCGACUAUGCAAACUACUCAAACCAAACAUCAACGGUAAAUCUACUCGUUGAUAGUAACAAAAACAAUAACAACAACAACAACAAUAAUAAUAACUCUUUUCAACAUCACAAUAUGCAUCUGCAUCGAGAUAGUUCAUCUUCUUCUUCUAUUCAGUACAAUUACUCAUCGCCACCUGUAACUGGGUCCUAUGACGAAUACGAAUACGAAUUCUCUCCAUUUGGUGGAUACCCAGCAAGUCAAUUCCCUUUAAGCAUAGAUGAAAAAGAACCAGACGAUUACCUACAUAAUCCAGAUCCUGUAUUGGAUUCAGAAUAUAAUGAACAUCGCUUCUAUUACGAUUUGAAGAAUAUGGACAGAAAGUCUAUUGGUGGAUUGCUUGGAUUUGUCGUUAUGCUGAUUAUUGUGGUUGGCAUAUUUGUUUUAUUGCCUGUUUUGACAUUUACCAACUCUUCAGCAAAAACAAGAGUUGAAACUUAUGAAGUUUUAACUCAUUAUUCUUAUCCAAUGUUGAGCGCAAUACGACAAAGCUUGGUUGAUCCAGAUACUCCCGAGGAAGCAAUGACAAAUGUUGGUCAAGAUGGUCGUGUUUGGAAAUUGGUAUUUAGUGAUGAGUUCAAUGCUGAAGGAAGAACGUUUUACGAUGGAGACGAUCAAUUCUUUACAGCUCCCGAUUUGCAUUAUGCUGCAACUCAAGAUCUUGAGUGGUACGAUCCAGAUGCUGUAACAACCAAAAAUGGAACACUCGAGUUAACCCUCGAUGCUUUUCAAAAUCAUAAUUUAUUUUAUCGUUCAGGAAUGAUACAAUCGUGGAACAAGAUGUGUUUUACUCAAGGAAGAAUUGAGAUUUCAGCUAAACUACCAAAUUAUGGUAAUGUAACAGGCUUAUGGCCUGGUUUAUGGACAAUGGGUAAUUUAGGUAGGCCUGGUUAUUUGGCAUCAACCGAGGGUGUUUGGCCAUAUACUUAUGAUUCUUGUGAUGCAGGUAUAACACCAAAUCAGUCAUCGCCAGAUGGCAUAUCAUACCUACCAGGACAGAGACUAAACAAAUGCACAUGUCCAGGAGAGUCACAUCCAAAUCCGGGAGUAGGCAGAGGUGCCCCUGAGAUUGAUGCUCUCGAAGGUGAAAUCCAUGGAGUAAUAGGUCGUGUUUCCCAAUCUUUACAAAUUGCCCCUUAUGAUAUAUGGUAUAUGCCCGAUUACGAUUUCAUUGAAGUACAUAAUGCUUCAGUUACGUUGAUGAAUACAUAUGCUGGAGGACCGUUUCAACAAGCAGUUUCUGGGGUUACCAUGUUGAAUACAACAUGGUAUGAAUUUGGUGAGGGAAAACGUAAUUUCCAAAAAUAUGGAUACGAAUAUUUAAACGAUGACAAUACAGGUUAUAUCACUUGGUUUGUUGGUGAUGAUCCAACAUUUACGAUGCAUGCUCACGCAUUACAUCCGAAUGGAAAUGUGGGAUGGAGACAAAUUCCAAAAGAGCCAAUUAGUAUUGUGAUGAAUUUGGGUAUAAGUAACUCUUGGGCUUAUAUAGAUUGGCCAAGUUUAGUAUUUCCAAGUAGGAUGAGAGUUGAUUAUGUUCGAGUUUAUCAACCUGAAGAUGCAGUCAAUGUUGGAUGUGAUCCCAAAGAUUACCCAACAUAUGAUUAUAUUCAGCAACAUUUGAAUAUUUAUCAAAAUAUGAAUUUGACCAAUUUUGCAAUGGGAGGGUAUACUUUUCCAAAAAAUAAGUUGACAGGUUGUUAG